AGACAGAACAAAGUGAAAGUUAGGAAGCCGUGGUGAAGCUGAAGAGACUGGUGCUCAGAAGAUAUGGCGUCCAGGUGCUCUGUCCUGGAAGAGGAGCUCUCUUGUCCUGUGUGCUGUGACAUCUACAAGGAUCCUGUUGUCCUGGAGUGUAGUCACAGCUUUUGUAAAGACUGUCUGGAGAAGAGCUGGCAGGAGAAGGUAUACCAGGAAUGUCCAGUGUGUAGAAGAAUUUCUUUUGCGAUGCAUCCUCCUUUGAACCUGGCUCUGAGGAACACAUGUGAGGCCUUCUUACAGCAGAGAAGUCAAGGAGCUGCAGGUAAAGAUCAGCAGGCUGAAGAACUCUGCAAUCUUCACGGCGAGAAACUCAAACUCUUUUGCUUUGAUGACAAAGCUCCAGUCUGUGUGAUCUGCCAAACCUCAGAAACACACGAAAACCAUCAAGUACGCCCAGCAAAGGAAGCAACUAGAAAAAACAAGGAGGAAAUUGAGACGAUGCUAAAAACAUUGCAGCGGAAGUUGAAAGUCUUUACGAGAGUAAAGGAAACAUGGGAAGAAAUAGCAGAACACAUCAAGAACCAACAACAGAACACAGAGAGACAGAUCAAGGAGCAGUUUGAGAAACUUCACCAGUUCCUCAAGGAUGAAGAGGCAGCCAGGAUAGCUGAACUGAGGGAGGAAGAGGAGCACAAGAGUGACAUGAUGAAGGAGAAGAUUGAGAGGAUGACGCAAGAGAUUUCAUCCCUUUCAGGGACCAUCAAAGCCAUAGAACAAGAGCUGGGAGCUGAAGAUAUCUCAUUCCUGAAGAAUUACAAGAACACAGUGAGAAGAGCCCAGUGCACACUGAGAGUGAAGGAUCCAGAGGAGGUUCCAGGAGCCUUGAUUAAUGUAGCCAAACACCUGGGCAACCUGAAGUACAGAGUGUGGGAGAAGAUGCUGGACGUUGUUCAGUACACUUCUGUUAUUCUGGACCCCAAUACAGCAAAUCAGCACCUAAUACUGUAUGAAGAUCUGACCAGUGUGAGAUACAGUAACAAUAAUCAACAGGGUCCUGAGAACCCAGAGAGGUUUGAUCCAUCUGCUUAUGUUCUGGGCUCUGAGGGAUUCAGCUCAGGGAAACACAGAUGGGAUGUAGAAGUCGGGGAGGUGGAUAACUUGUGUUUAGGUAUAGCGAGAAAGUCAAUAAAAAGGAAAGGCAUCGUUCCCCUGAAUCCAGGACAAGGAGUGUGGUGUGUGUGGUUUUGUGCGGGGAAAUACACGGCACUGACCUCACAUCCCACCCGACUCACGUUAAGGAGGAAACCGCAGAAGAUCAGGGUGCAGCUGGACUGGGACAGGGGGGAAGUGUCAUUCUCUGACCCCAGUGACAACACUUCUCUCUACACUUUUAAACACAGAUUUACUGAGAAGGUUUUUCCUCUCUUCUUUACUCAUAGUAGUUCUAUUGCCCUACAAAUCUGCCAGGUGAAAGUAUCCAUUACAGUGAAAUAGUGUCCCAAGGAAUCAUCUUUAAUGACAUGACAAUUAAAUCCCUGUAAACAUAACCCAAAUAUCUAUAUUCACUUGUAAAUCUGUUAAAUCCAUGUGUGGCUCUCACUAAAAUGUAAUUUAUAAUUGAAUGCAAAUAUUUGAAGUAUGGGUUACUGGGGCACCAAAUACAACAAUGGGUAGAGCUGCUACCUUGAGAGCCAAAGAUUGCUGGAUCACUUCCCACCUCCGGUGUUGUAUGUUUUAGAAAGGUACUUACCCUGAAUUACUCCAGUAAAAUUACCCAGCUCUAUAAGUAAAAAACUGUCAGCUUGAAGAAAA